GCUGUCUUAUUGCGUCACAUCCGGCUCCUCUCCUCCCUGCCUCUUCCGCGUUUGCUGGCGGUGGCUUCUUUUCCUCUCCGCUCCCCUGAGCUCGCCCGUGUCCGGUUGAGGGGCAGAGGAGAGCUGGGCCAGGCCCAGGCUGAGGCCGGCUGCCUCUACCUCCUGUGGCCUCUGUCACGUCCCCGCAGGUGGGAGCCUGGAGGGAGAGGGAAUGGCUCCUGUGCUGACAGCCAGGCCAGGACAGGAAUCAGUAACAUUCAAGGAAGUGGCUGUGGAAUUCACCCGAGAGGAGUGGGGACAAUUGAACCCAUCUCAGAAAAUGUUGUACAGGGAUGUGAUGCUGGAGAAUUAUAGGAACUUGGUGUCUUUGGGAUUUGCGGUUUCCAAACCAGAUGUGAUCUAUCAGUUGGAAAGGAAGGGAGCAUCUUGGAUGCCAGAGGCAGAUAUUCCCAGAAGCAGCUGUCCAGAAGGUGGAGAAUUUACUGGAGAUAAACCUCUUGAAUGUAAUGAAUGUGGGAAGGCCUUCUGGAGCAAGGAGUAUCUUGCUUUGCAUCACACAGUUCAUGCUGGAGAGAAACAAUAUGAAUGUAGUGAAUGUGGAAAGGGCUUCAGGAGGAAGAGAAAACUUACACUACAUCAGAGAAUUCAUACUGGAGAGAAGCCUCAUGAGUGUAGGAAAUGUAGAAAGGCCUUCAGGUGGAAGGACCAUCUUAAUAGCCAUCAAAGAAUUCAUACUAGAGGUAUGUAUAAUGAAUAUAAUGAGUGUGAGAAAGGUUUCCACUACAAGUCAGGUCUUACUCUACAUCAAACAUUUCAUACUGGAGAAAACCCAUUUGAAUGUAGUGAAUGCGGAAAGGCCUUCAGGGGUAAGUCACAUCUUACUGUGCAUCAGAGAAUUCAUACUGGAGAGAAACGUCGUAAAUGUGAUGAAUGUGGGAAGACCUUCAGGGAUAAUGGAGAACUUAGACUCCAUCAGAGAAUUCAUACUGGAGAGAAACCUUAUGAAUGUAGUGAAUGUGGGAAGGCCUUCAGGGGUAAGUCAUAUCUUACUGUGCAUCAGAGAAUUCAUACUGGAGAGAAACGUUGUAAAUGUAAUGAAUGUGGGAAGACCUUCAGGGAUAAUGGAGAACUUAGAGUCCAUCACAGAAUUCAUACUGGAGAGAAACCUUAUGAAUGUAUUGAAUGUGGGAAGGCCUUCAGGGAUAAGUCAGACCUUACUGUGCAUCAGAGGAUUCAUAGUGGAGUGAGGCCUUAUGAAUGUAGUCAAUGUGGGAAGGCCUUCAGAUAUAAGUCAAAUCUUACUGUGCAUCAGAGAAUUCAUACUGGAGAGAAGCCUUAUAAGUGUAGUGAAUGUGGGAAGACCUGCAAGAGCAAUGCAGAACUUACAAACCAUCACAAAAUUCAUACUGGAGAGAAACCUUAUGAAUGUAGUGAAUGUGGGAAGGGCUUCAGGGAUAAGGGACAACUAAGAAUCCAUCACAGAAUUCAUACUGGAGAGAAACCUUAUGAAUGUAGUGAAUGCGGGAAGGCCUUCCAUACUAAAAAGGAACUUACAGUUCAUCACAGGGUUCAUACUGGAGUGAAGCCUUAUGAAUGUAGUCAAUGUGGGAAAGCCUUCAGGGAUAAGGGACAACUAAGAAUCCAUCACAGAAUUCAUACUGGAGAGAAACCUUAUGAAUGUAGUGAAUGCAGGAAGGCCUUCCAUACCAAAACCCAACUUAGUGCGCAUCAGAGAGUUCAUACUGGAGUGAGGCCUUAUGAAUGUAGUAAAUGUGGGAAGGCCUUCAGAUAUAAGUCAAACCUUACUGUGCAUCAGCGAACUCAUACUGGAGAGAAACCUUAUGAAUGUAGUGAAUGCGGCAAGGCCUUCAGGGAUAAGACAAAACUUACUGUGCAUCAGAGAAUUCAUACUGGAGAGAAACCUUAUUAAUGUACUGAAUGCGGGAAGGCCUUCUGUGUUAAAGAGGAACUUACAGUUCAUUACGGGGUUCAUAGUGGAGAGAAACCUUAGGAAUGUAGUUAAUGUGGUAAGACCUUCACUGGUAAAGCACAACUUACAAUCCAUCAGAGAAACCUUAUGAAUGUAGUGAAUUCAGAGAGGCCUUCCAUAUUAAAAAGGAACUUAUAGUUAAUCACAGUGUUCAUAGUGGAGAGAAACCUUAUGAAUGUAGUCAAUAUGGGAAGCCCUUCAGGGAUAAGAGAACAUGUAAAGUGCAUCACAAAGUUCAUACUGGAGGGAAACCUUAUGAAUGUAGUGAAUGUGGGAAGGCCUUCAAGACUAAGACACACUUUACCAUAUAUCACAGAAUUCAUACUGGAGAGAAACCUUAUGUAUGUAGGAAAUGUGGAAAGGCCUUUAGAUAUAAAUCACAACUUGCAGUGCAUCAGGGAAGUCAUACUGAAGAGAAUCCUUAUUAAUGUAGUGAAUGUGGGAAGGCCUUCAAGAAGAAGGUGUAUCUUACUGUACAUCAGAUAAUUCAUACUGGAGACAUCCUUCAGAAAUGUAAGCAGUGUGGGAAGGCUUUCCUCUACAACUAAGAUUUUAUUCGACAUCAAAAAAUUCAUACCGAAGAGAAACCUUAUGAGUGCAAUGAAUGUGGAAGACUUUCAGAGAGAGAGUACAACAUACUCCACCCCAAACAAUUCAUUCAAGAAAGGAACCUUAAGAAUGUAAUGCAUGUAGGAAGGCCUUGAGAUGGAGGACACUACUUCAUCAUCAGAGAUUUCAUGCUGGUGAGAUUCCUCCUAAAUGUAAGGAAUGUGGGAACACCUCCAUUGCAAUUCAGAUUUUAUUAGACAUCAAAAAUUCAUGUUGGAGAAUAACCUUAUGUAUGUAGUAAAUGUGGGAAGACCUUCAGGAAGAAGCCACAUCUUACUGUGUAUCAGAGGGUUCAUACUGAAGAAAUUGUUUAUGAAUGCGAGUAAUGUGGGAAGGCCUUCCAUGACAACUCUCAUUUUUCUCAACUUCAAAUAAUUCAUAGCUUCUAAAUGUAAUAUGGAAGGGGAAGGUCUUCCACCUAAAUGUAUCAUUUACUCAACAUCAGAGCACUCAUACUGGAGAGACCUUCUGAAUGCAAUGAAUGUGGGAAGAUCUUCAGCCUGAAGACACAACUUGCUCAAUAUCAAAGAACUAAUUCUGGAGAGAAACUUUGAGUUUGGGAAGGCCUUUAAACUAACGACACUAGUUUAUGUCCAUCAGAGUAUUCCCACUAGAACGAUUCUUCAUUAUUGUAAGGAGUGUGGGAUGAUUCCCCCAGCUGACUAGACAGAUUUUGAGUCCUUCAGUGCAAUUCAGCGAUUCCUAAUUUAUGCACCAUGGAAGAAGGAGAUAUUCCUCCCCUCUGUAAAAGCCUGUAAAGGGGUAAAGAUUUAGUGUUAUCUUUGUGUGGAUCUUCAGGGAGGGAGAGGUUAUGCUGUUUGAGCCAGAGGUUACUUAGUGGAUGAUGGUAUUGGGAGAGGUUUAGUAUUCACCAUGAUUCCUGGGCAUUUGGCAUGCAAGACUCUUGGGGAUGACCUCUUGGCCAUGAACCUGAGCCUAAUGUGUGAUGAAUAAUUGUUGAUGGUGCUUGAGGAAUAUUUCAUAAUUGAGCUGUGUUCCUGAUGUUGCUGGUGUUGCUUCUGCUCCUAUUCAUUUGGGUAGCUACUGUGGACCAUAAAGACUUGCAAUCACCUUAACUAAACCAAACAUUGCAAGGACCUGUGGCAGAUUUUUAUGGCAAGGUGACUUCUGCCCUGUUCUCUGAAUUGAAAUGGAGGUAAACAGCAGGAUUUGCUAUGACCUCAUGGUAGCUGAAUGCCUCAUCACCUAAUUAGUGACACAUGAAAAGGUGAAUAAGAUUGCCAUUACAGUUAAGGAAUAUAAAUGGGGAAUUUUCAAUGAAGAAAUCAAAGGGAUGAAUAAUAAAGAUGAAAACGUCUCCUAAAUCUCUAUUGUUUAUAGAGGAAUGAAAACAACUUUGAAGUGACAUGUCACACUACCUUAGAUUGGCCAACAUGACAGAAAAGGAAAAUGACAUUCUGGAGUGGAUGUGGAAAAAUAGGGAAAGUAAUGCACAAUUCAGAACUAGUCCAACCAUUCUGCAGAACAAUUUGGAACUGUGGCCAAAGGGUUAUAAAAUUGUGCAUACCCUUUGACACAGCCAUACCACUACUGUCUGUAUCCCAAUGAGAUCAAAGGAAAAGGACCUAUGUGUACAGAUAUAUUUAUAAUGGAUCUUUUGGUGCUGGCAGAGAAUUGGAAAUUGAACGGAUGCAUGUCCACUGGGGAAUGGCUAAACAAGCUGUGGCAUAUGAACGUAAUGGAAAACUGUUGUGGUAUAAGAAAUGAUGAGCAGGUGGAUUUCAGAAUAACCUAGAAAUAUUAACAUGAACUGAUUCUGAAUGAAGUAAGCAGAACCAAGAGAACAUGGUACAUAGUAAGCAACAUUGUGUUGUGAUCAACUUUGAUAGAUUUAGCUCUUCUCAGCAACACAGUGAUCUAAGACAGUUCACAAAGACCCAUGAUAGAAAAUGAUGUCUCAUCCAGCGAAAGAGCUAAGGACUUGAAUGGGUAAGAUUAAACCCUUCUUAGGUAGGUAAGACUAUAUAAACCGUGACCCUGAUUCAAAUUUAGUCCCUCCUUUACUUCACUGAUUUGCAGAUCUGGUACAAGUCUUAUAUCCUAAAGUAGAAGGCCCUGGGAACACAAGAGGGAGGCUCAUCUCAGGGUCCUGGCCAAGAGCCUGAGACAGUCCAGCUUCCAGGAACUGUCCACUCCAAGGACAUGCUGCACUUAGAGACCUUGAAGGGAUUGGCCUCCUUUCAGGUUCUUGCGUAAGAUGCAGCAUUUGCCAAAAACACCUGGCAUGAUGGCUUCUUUGUUCCCAGCAUUAUUUAUGCUGUAAGAUUCGGACCCCAAAUUGGAAUCUCCCCCAUGGCAGAGAUGUGUGGCCUGGGACUUCCAUGAGCGGGACCCUGAUGGCUGUACCCCCGGGAUUCCCCAGCUUGUGUGGUCAGGUGUUGGAGCUCCCCUGCAUCAGUGAUGACUGUAAAUACGUUGAUUUUGCCUGUGGGAUGGUGAUGAGGCAGUUGGAGCCCUGUCUCUUGAGCCAUUCCUCUAAUCUAGUAAUUGCCUUGCUAUUAUUAUUCUUAAGCCUCCCUCUCUGCUACUUUCAAUUUCCAUCUUUCUUGCCUGUAUUUUGAUAAUAAAACAAAAAGAAAACUUUCGGGCUUCUUGGAGUGUGGAAUGUUUUGUCCGGGCGAAUCCGAACCUUUACUGGACGUUUUGGCAUCACGAACAGGAUUCGAGGGACAGAAUGCCAUUCUUUAAGAAACCCACCAUAGAAAGUCAGGAUUCUUAUAUUCUCCUUGCUGCUCUGUGGCCAGGGAGUACGCGGACCUCACCAGUCCGUGGGAAGACUGGGGUGGCCAGCUUGAAAUGUGAACCCUUACAUGUGCAGAGUAAAGGCUGAGUGUUGCGAUGCGUGGCCUAUGGCAGGAUGCAUAGCCAGAGGGAAGGAACAGUAGGAGAAAAUUUUAUGUAUUUUAGUUUAUUGUUUAGUAAGGGGAUGUUGGUGGAAUUCAUUCUUAGGGAUAUUAUGGGAGUCACAUGAUUGUGAAAAUACUUGGUACAGUGCUUGGCAUGAAAUGAAUUCUAUUUGAAUGUAAACUGUUUUAAAUGUAAUUUCUUCAUACUUAUUAACUUUAUGUGAAUUUUCUUCAAUAUAAGAUUUACGUCAGUGGGGAUAAGAUUAAUAAUUCUCAGUGAAAGGCAGUCUGGGAACACAUCUGCCUGAGGCAAAGUCAGCGGAAUGAUAAUUUAUUUUGAUUCUGAAGUUUAAAUAGAUCAUAAUUGUUUAUGGUUUUCCUUUACUUUUAAAAUUCAACUAUGUGGAAGAGGUUUUGAGGUCAAAUAAGAAUUGUCAAUUAAUAUCAGAAUAAAUGGUAAUCUGUCUCUGAGAAAGAUAAAUGUAUUUUAUGAAGAAAUGUUUUGUAAAAUCCCUUAUAUGAUUUUUACAAGGCCUACUAAAGUUCUAUCUGUAAGCUAACCUGUUGCACUAAAUUGAUAUUUAUACCAGUUAUGUCCAAACCUACUGUAGAUUUUUAAAUUUCGUUUAAGUCUCAUUCCUAGGUUUGUCGUGACUUUGGAUUGACUUUGAAUGAGUGUGCUCAGAGAAACAGCAAGGGAUAGGAAACAGGCUCAAGGUUUUUGUAUUUAACCCCUUCCUGGGGACCAUGUUACAUCUUAUUUUUUAAAAUUGCCAAGGCUCCUGGAAACUAUCUACAUGGGCAAGGUCAUCAGCUCCAGAAAAAGAACUAGUUUGAGUUAUGUAGGUCCUAAACAAUGAACUUAGCUUGCUGAGAAACUCAAAGUUUAUGUACAAUAGAUAGUAAGGAUUCUAAUAUUUGCCUUUUACAACAGGACAAGUUCAAAUUUGAGAAGGAAAAGAUGUCUAAUGAAAUCCCUUAUGUAUGAGAGUCCUAGUAAAUUUUAAUGUUUACGGAAAA